AUGUCUCUGUUUAGCAAAUUUUAUUCUCUCUUUCAUUCGAAACCAACUCCUAAUAUCAAUUAAAGUGAAUAAUACAAGUUCUAAGAGAUUUUAAAUUAGAUUGUAGGUUCUUAUGUUUAAUUUGACUUAAAAUAGAUGACAAAAUAAAUGGCUCAAUUAUUAAUAAAAAAUGACAGUAAUUUUAUCAAAUAUACUUAGAUUAUAUUGAUCGUCUUUUUAAUUAUCUAUCAGAGUAUAAGCCAAUGGCAGGAAGUACAUCUUUAAUAUAAUUACUUGCAAUUAUCCAUUAAAUGUUACAUUGUGCUGAUAUAACUUAAGAAAUAUCAAUAAAAUUAAAGGAUUGCAGAAUAUAAAAAAUAGAACAACAUUACUCAGACAAUCUAGUAACAGAACCUGAUUUGAUAACUCGCAUGAAGAACGAUUAAUUCUAUACUGAAAUGAACGUUAACGAGGAAUUAAACAUUUAAUAAUUUUCUUAAGCAUAUUUUAGUUAUCUUUAACGUCUGGCUGCUAAUAUCGAUCUUUAUAGAGCAGCUUGUCGUAAUUCUUAUCCUUAUUUAAAUGACAAAGAUCAUAUUGAACCUAAAUUAAUGUUUUUAUGGCAUUAUAAAAUGUAAAAUCUUGUUAAUAGUGCUGCAGUUCUUUUAAAAUCUGAGAUUCACAUAUUUGAAAUAUAAAAAUACAUUUAUUUUGAUGUAUGGAGAUUUUAAAGUUUUAUUUGUUAUGAAAUAGAAAAGGUAAUUGAUCAAUAUGUUACAUUACCUAAUUCAGAUGCUCUUAGUUUAUAUGAAAUUUAUAGUGAAUCAAAGAGACAUUAUGAUGUAUUAUUAAAGUUUAAAGAUUCAUCAAAGAGACUUAAAUGUAAUAUAAAUUAUAAUUUUUAGUAUAAAUGCCAAUUUAGUGUGAGAUAGAUAAUAAUGAAUUAUAAGAGUUUUUUAAUUUUGUUUCAAGAUUAAAAGUUUUAAAUUAAAUGACAUUCAAGAAAUCUUUAAAGGUUCCUAAUAAGCAAAAUCCUUGCGUUGGAAUUCCUUAAAGAAAUCCAUAGGUAAAAAUGAUUUUAUUUUAGUUAUUGCAUUUAAGAUCUUCUUCUGGGAAACAUAGAAAUGAUUAAGAGAGAUUGAAUAGUGAAGAAAGUUUGGAAGAAAGAGAUAGAGUAAUUGAUGUAAGUGAAAGUAAGAAAAAAAUAAAAAAAAUUCAUAUACGUGGUUAGAGUACAUUCUAAUUUAAUUGA